AUGGAUGCGGGGGGAGCGAGGAGGGGAGCUGCCAUCUGCCCUCCCUGCGCUGCCUCUGAGCUUCCCGAGCCCUUCCCAGACGCUCGGCACCUUCCCGAGGUCCUGCGCCCCGUCCUGGAGCACCAGGCCCUCACUGUGGCUCCCCGCAGGCGGGUGGUGACGCUGGAGAAGGCGGCGGAGGAGGCGUUUGGCUUCGAGAUCCAGACCUACGGGCUGCACCAUCAGGAGAGGAACCGUGUGGAGAUGUUCACCUUCGUGUGCCGCGUGCACGACGGCAGCCCGGCCGCUGCUGCGGGGCUCCAAGCCGGUGACACCAUCACGGGCGUCAACGGGUUCAACGUGGAGGGCGUCCGGCACCGGGAGAUCGUGGAGAUCAUCAGGAACUCGGGCGAUGUGCUCAGGCUGGACACGCUCUACGGCACCUCGGUGCGCAGGGCCGAGCUGGAGGCCCGGCUGCAGUACCUCAAGCAAACCCUCUACGAGAAGUGGGGCGAGUACCGUUCGCUGAUGGUGCAGGAGCAACGCCUGGUGCGUGGCGUGGUGGCCAAGGACCCCAGCAUCUACGCGACGCUGGAGUCUCUGCGCUGGUGCCUGCGGGGCGUGGGGCUGCCCGGGGGCUCCUCUCCGCGGCUCAGCGCUGACGGGACCCGGAGCCAGGACAGGGACCAGGACGGGCUCCUCCCUGGGCCGCUCUCCGCGGGCUCCCGUAUCUUCAGCCGCUGCUUCAGCCCCCCGGUCCCGGGACUCUCCGCGCACUCCCGGCCCCUCUGA